GGUUACAGCAGCAGUUCCAGCAGCAGCGGCGGCGGCAGCCAGAACAGGAGCAGCGAUAGCUCCGAUUUCCGAAACAGGAGCCGGGGCAGCGGCGGCAGCUCAGUGCAGGGCACCUGUGCGGAGCAGGAGUAGCAGGACCAGGGGGUGGGGUCGGUGUCAGCCACUCUGAGCUAGAGAAGGACGAGGCAUCUCCCAGAUUCCACUGCUGGGAAUAAUCUCCAGGGGAGGUGGCGCCGAACUGGGAAUACUGGUGGGGGUGAACAUGUGCAGGAACAGCUAGAGGCCUCGGGGCAGGAAAACAUUUGGUUCACGUGUAGACAGGCAAGGAAAGCUGUCUAGGACCAUGGCAGCCUCCCGUCUGGACUUUGGGGAGGUGGAAACUUUCCUGGACAGGCACCCAGAGUUGUUUGAAGAUUACUUGAUGCGGAAGGGGAAGCAGGAGAUGGUUGAAAAGUGGCUGCAGAGGCACAGUCAGGGUCGGGGGGCUUUAGGUCCAAGGCCCUCUUUGGCUGGUACCAGCAGCUUGGCUCACAGCACCUGCAGAGGUGGCAGCAGCGUUGGUGAUGGCACUGGACCAAAUGGCUCUCCCCACAGCCAGCCCCUUCCCGGUGGCGGGGACUGUGGUGGGGUUCCCUUGAGUCCCAGCUGGGCCAGUGGCAGCAGGGGCGAUGGGAACCUGCAGCGGAGAGCUUCUCAGAAAGAGCUAAGGAAGAGUUUUGCCCGCUCCAAGGCCAUCCACGUGAACAGGACCUACGAUGAACAGGUGACCUCCCGGGCUCAGGAACCCCUGAGUAGUGUACGACGGAGGGCACUUCUCCGGAAGGCAAGCUCCCUGCCCCCCACCACAGCCCAUAUUCUCAGUGCGCUGCUGGAAUCGAGAGUGAAUCUGCCUCAGUAUCCCCCUACAGCCAUCGACUACAAGUGCCACCUGAAAAAGCAUAAUGAGCGUCAGUUCUUUCUGGAAUUGGUCAAAGAUAUCUCCAAUGACCUUGACCUCACCAGCCUGAGCUACAAGAUUCUCAUCUUUGUCUGCCUUAUGGUGGACGCUGACCGCUGCUCUCUUUUCCUGGUGGAAGGGGCAGCUGCUGGCAAGAAGAGCUUGGUCUCCAAAUUCUUUGAUGUGCAUGCAGGAACCCCUCUGCUGCCUUGCAGCAGCACAGAGAACUCAAAUGAGGUGCAGGUCCCCUGGGGCAAAGGUAUCAUUGGCUAUGUUGGGGAGCAUGGAGAAACGGUCAACAUCCCUGAUGCCUACCAGGAUCGACGAUUCAAUGAUGAAAUCGACAAGCUAACUGGAUACAAGACAAAAUCAUUAUUGUGCAUGCCUAUCCGAAGCAGUGAUGGUGAGAUUAUUGGUGUGGCCCAAGCGAUAAAUAAGACUCCUGAAGGAGCUCCAUUUACUGAAGAUGAUGAAAAAGUUAUGCAGAUGUAUCUUCCAUUUUGUGGAAUCGCCAUAUCUAACGCUCAGCUCUUUGCUGCCUCAAGGAAAGAAUAUGAAAGAAGCAGAGCUUUGCUAGAGGUGGUUAAUGACCUCUUUGAAGAACAGACUGACCUGGAGAAAAUUGUCAAGAAAAUAAUGCAUCGGGCCCAAACUCUGCUGAAAUGUGAACGCUGUUCUGUUUUACUCCUAGAGGACAUCGAAUCACCAGUGGUGAAAUUUACCAAAUCCUUUGAAUUGAUGUCCCCAAAGUGCAGUGCUGAUGCUGAGAACAGUUUCAAAGAAAGCAUGGAGAAAUCAUCAUACUCCGACUGGCUAAUAAAUAACAGCAUUGCUGAGCUGGUUGCUUCAACAGGCCUUCCAGUGAACAUCAGUGAUGCCUACCAGGAUCCGCGCUUUGAUGCAGAGGCAGACCAGAUAUCUGGUUUUCACAUAAGAUCUGUUCUCUGUGUCCCUAUUUGGAAUAACAACCACCAAAUAAUUGGAGUGGCUCAAGUGUUAAACAGACUUGAUGGGAAACCUUUUGAUGAUGCGGAUCAACGACUUUUUGAGGCUUUUGUCAUCUUUUGUGGACUUGGCAUCAACAACACAAUUAUGUAUGAUCAAGUGAAGAAGUCCUGGGCCAAGCAGUCUGUGGCUCUUGAUGUGCUAUCAUACCAUGCAACAUGUUCAAAAGCUGAAGUUGACAAGUUUAAGGCAGCCAACAUCCCUCUGGUGUCAGAACUUGCCAUCGAUGACAUUCAUUUUGAUGACUUUUCUCUCGACGUUGAUGUCAUGAUCACAGCUGCUCUCCGGAUGUUCAUGGAGCUGGGGAUGGUACAGAAAUUUAAAAUUGACUACGAGACACUGUGUAGGUGGCUUUUGACAGUGAGGAAAAACUAUCGGAUGGUUCUGUACCACAACUGGAGACAUGCCUUCAACGUGUGUCAGCUGAUGUUCGCGAUGUUAACCACUGCUGGGUUUCAAGAGAUUCUGACGGAGGUGGAAAUUUUAGCGGUGAUUGUGGGAUGCCUGUGCCAUGACCUCGACCACAGGGGAACCAACAAUGCCUUCCAAGCUAAGAGUGGCUCCGCCCUGGCCCAACUCUAUGGAACCUCUGCUACCUUGGAGCAUCACCAUUUCAACCACGCUGUGAUGAUCCUUCAAAGUGAGGGUCACAAUAUCUUUGCUAACCUGUCCUCCAAGGAAUAUAGUGACCUUAUGCAGCUUUUGAAGCAGUCAAUAUUGGCAACAGACCUCACGCUGUACUUUGAGAGGAGAACUGAAUUCUUUGAACUUGUCAGUAAAGGAGAAUAUGAUUGGAACAUCAAAAACCAUCGUGAUAUAUUUCGAUCAAUGUUAAUGACAGCCUGUGACCUUGGAGCCGUGACCAAACCGUGGGAGAUCUCGAGACAGGUGGCAGAACUUGUAACCAGUGAGUUCUUCGAACAAGGAGAUCGGGAGAGAUUAGAGCUCAAACUCACUCCUUCAGCAAUUUUUGAUCGGAAUCGGAAGGAUGAACUGCCUCGGUUGCAACUGGAGUGGAUUGAUAGCAUCUGCAUGCCUUUGUAUCAGGCACUGGUGAAGGUCAACAUGAAACUGAAGCCGAUGCUAGAUUCAGUAGCUACAAACAGAAGUAAGUGGGAAGAGCUGCACCAAAAACGACUGCUGGCCUCAACUGCCUCAUCCUCCCCUGCCAGUGUUAUAGUAGCCAAGGAAGACAGGAACUAAACCUCCAGGUCAGCUGCAGCUGCAAAAUGAUUGCAGCCUGAAGGGCCAGUUUCAGUCCAGCCAUGUCAUCCUUUUGUUCUUUUAGCUCAGAAAGACCUAACAUCUCAAGGAUGCACUGGGAAGCAUGCCUGGGCUUUCACCUUGAAGCAUGGUCAGCAGCAGAGAGAGCAACGGGAAGGACAAAGAAAGAGGUGGGGCAGGGAGCACACCCCAGGACCCUCACUAUUCCCUAAUGAACACGCAUGGGCUGAAAUGAAGGCUCUGGGUAGGGGACUGUUUUGGAUCCAAGGACCUGUGGACAGUCGGCCUACUCACUCUGAGCUGAGGGAACACUGAACAGUAAAAGCGUCAUUAGCGCUGCUUCAUUUUGUAUAGGGCUUUUCUGUUUGUUACAAGCCAAACACUGCCUGUCUUUGCUUCCUGUCCCUGAAUGCCUUUUUGUGUCAGACUGUCCCAAGAAUCCUAAUUUGCAUUCCAUAGAGGUAUUUUAUUUUUAAUCCUAGAGCUUCUUAUUGAUGGAUCCUUUAGAAUUGCCUACCUAAAAGGUAAAUUAUACUAUCCUUAUAAAUACUGAUCAAUCCCAGUUCUCCCCCUAAAAAGGAAUACAUAGUAGGAGUAUAGCAAAUGUGUUUGAUGGGUAAUUCUAGACUGGGACUAUGGUACCCUUUUCCAGAGUUUUCAAAUUCAACCUUCAUUACAGACAAAGUUUUCUCUCAGAAGGAAUGGAUUGAUAGAUUUUGAUUAAAGUAAGGGUGGAAGGAAAUCUGUAGCUGGAUUUACCACAAGUGACAUCUAGAAACUAUAGUUCACAGGACAGAGCAGAGCCAUGGAGACUAAGCAUUGACUACCUUGAGUUCUCCUAGUGAGGAGUUCUGGUAUAAAAUGUAAGAUUACUACCAGUAACCAACUUAAAGCAAACUAUAGGGGUCCCUAAUUUUGGAUUUUUUCUUAAGUGUAAGAAAUAAUGCUUCAAAUGUUAAGAAAUAACAGUCUGGGCAAAGAACGCAUAUUCUAUAGGAAGCCAGGUUUCCAAUAGGUAAGAGUAAACUGUAUUAAGUAGAUGUAAUGACUAGAAAGCUGCUUUGCUCCCUAUAUUGAGAAAUUGUGGACAUGGUAUGUCUUAUCCAAAGAACGUUGGGCUAGAAGAUAGAUUUCUAUCCCUAGCUUUGGCAUUAUUGACUGGAUUGACUUAAACAAGUCACUUAACUUCUCUAAGCUUGUUUCCUUAUUUGUCAAAUUAGAUUAGACUAGAAAAUGAUUCUUGAACAUGUUUUAACCUUACAACUCUUUGUUCAAAUAAAUCUUUCAAUGAAUCCCCAACAUAUAAAACGUCAAAAAGCUGAAUUCCUAUGUGAAUUAUAAGCAGGGUUUGGACAUCCAGAGCACCUACAAACCUUCAUCUCUUUGAUUACAUACAUGGGGGCCCACAGGGACUCUGAAGAGUUUGAAAAUCCCUGGCCUAGAUUAAACCUGAGGGCCAUUCCAGCUCUUAAAAAAAUCUAAAAUUUACAAACCAUUUUUCUUGUUUUUUUUUUUGUUUCUUUGUUUUUUGAGAUGGAGUUUUCACUCUCGUUGCCCAGGCUGGAGUGCAAUGGCGCGAUCUCGGCUCACUGCAACCUCCGCUUCCUGGGUUCAAGGAAUUCUCCAGCCUCAACCUCCUGAGUAGCUGGGAUUACAGGUGCCCGCCACCACGCCUGGCUAAUUUUUGUACUUUUAGUAGAGACAGGGUUUCACCAUGUUUGCCAGGCUGGUCUCAAACUCCUGACCUCAGGUGAACCACCCAUCUCUGCCUCCCAAAGUGCUGGGAUUACAGGUGUGAGCCACCAUACCUGGCCCUUGUUAUUGUUAUUAAUCAUUAUCAAUCAUUAACUUUACAAAUAUUAAAGAAAUAGGGGCAAUGUUCUACAUGUGACAUUGUUUUCCUGGCACACAGUAGACAAUUCAGGAAAUGUUUGAAGAAGGAAUGGGUAAAAUUAAGAUACCAAAAUGGAAGUGAGGGGAGAGCAGGUAAUUGUAGAGAAAAAGACUCUUUAUGGCAAGAAACAAAGUAAAAGAAAUGUAUAGGCCGGGCGCGGUGGCUCACGCCUGCAAUCCCAGCAAUUUGGAAGGCCGAGGCGGGCGGAUCACGAGGUCCGGAGAUCGAGACUGUCCUGGCUAACACGGUGAAACCCCGUCUCUACUAAAAAAUACAAAAAUAAAUUAGCUGGGCAUGGUGGCUGGCGCCUGUAGUCCCAGCUAUUCUGGAGGCUGAAGCAAGAGAAUGGCGGGAACCCGGGAGGCGGAGCUUGCAGUGAGCCGAGAUCGCGCCACUGCACUCUAGCCUGGGCGACCAGCGAGACUCCGUCUCAAAAAAAAAAAAAAAAAAAAAAAAGUAUAAACCAGACUAAGAGGGGAAAAAAAGCAAGAAGAAAAAGAAACGUAAGAACACCAAUAAAGGAAAGACAGGGACCGAGACAGGUGGUUAAGGUAAAUGGAAAAAAAAAAAAAAAAAAAAAAGGUGAAAGUCAAUCCAAACAAAGAAAAAUGGCACUUCCAACCAAAAAAAAUGAAGGUGUAGAACCCUGUUAUCAAUUGCUCAGAAAAGAGAGACACUUGAGCAGGGAGGGGUUUGAGAAAGGGGAGAAGGAAGGAGUGAGAGCCCUAAAAAAUAAUGUUCCUAGCUACUCUUUACAGCUAUCUCUGCAGGGAAGACUGGAGAAAGUAGAGGGGGAAAUGAGUGCAGGAAAAAACUGCCUCUGCAGAGCAGGUAAGAGGAGAUUGUUCAGAUUUAUGGAUUUUAUUAAGCCAGUUUUCUAUAUCACUCUGCUAUAAAGGAAAAUAGCUUCUGCAGGGCUGUCUCUCCUCCUUCAGGUGAGGAACAAAGGGUGGGUGGAGUCAGGGACAGAGUCUGGUCUGCGAGAUCAUGAUGUGUCUGCAGCUCCGAAGCACUGCAGGUGUUUCUGGGUAAUGUGCCACAUCAUGUUUAUAUCACGAACGGGAAUUGAAAAUCAGUCUGUGUGAGGCAGAGAUGAGCCCACAUCUGUUAUCUUCCCCAACAGUAAAUAAAUAAAUAGCCCAGACAAACGGAUGCCAGUCCGUCUACAGCAACAUUUUAAAGCAUGUGCUUUAUGACAAAACUGGACCCAGGGUCUGACAGAGACUGCAGGCUGCUGUGAGCACUGUAGCUAUCCUGAACGUUGAUGCUACAUAUUGCUAAGGGGAACAUAAUUUAUAGCACAAACCCUACAGCUUCCACUAAGGUUGAGUUUUCCUCUCAUUUUCUUGCCUUUUUAUUGGCUUCACUGCAUGGUUGCCAAUAGCAACAUCCACUGGUAGCAAGGGGAGUUCAACACCAUUGCAAUCUGCCAUACAGUGGAGCCCUGACAAUGUCAACCAUCAAUCUAGUAGCUGUUUGUAAUUGCCUCCAUCUAUUUAUCCUGUCUUGAGGUAUCUUUCCUAUUGUGGGUCAAGAUUCAGAAACUGCUGACUAAUGCCAUGGGUCUGUGUCUCCAUGACUAUGAAGCAGUGGAAAGGAAGGUAGCAGCUUCCUGGUGCCAACAACCCCAGAGGUUAGAGGUUGAACUCUUGUGGGUUUCAGGCGUUUUUAAUCCAUUUUCUAAGUAACUUAUAAUUUUGCAAGAAUGUGAGGCAUAUGCAGUUAUCCAUAUAAUCUGCUUUUCCAAAAAAGAGAAAGAAAGUUUCCCAGUCCUUAUUAUUAAUGUUUAUUUCCUAUUGGAGAAAGACAUUUGAAAUAUGAGCCUUCUUGUAAAAACUCAAACUGACCAGAUUAUGUUUGCUUCCUCAGGUCUCUUGGCAUUAAUUGUUGAAAUAACUUCAUCCUACUUUUUCGAUGAGAUGUAUUUUUUUCAGACAUAUUUAUUCUUACUAGUCAGUAUGUAGCUAAUAUGUGCACAAUCUACAAUGUAGUGGCAAUCCUGGUGGGUAGGGACAGCUUCGCAUACUGCAAAGGGUGCCAUUCAGUGCAUAGCAGACUGGAACUCCCUCCUAGCUUGGCCACCAGCUGAACCUGUAAUCUUAGGACUCUCCAAAUCUUAGAUUCUCCAUCUAUUACAUAAAAGCACUGACUUUUAUUCAGUCCCCAUACCAAAGGACCAAGAUGUGUUUAGCUUUAAAGAUAUUUUCCAGAUAAUUUUCUUUUUUAUUCUUCUCAAAUAAAAUAGCAACAAACCUAAAGCAGUCAUCUUCUUAAUAAAGACAUAAUAAAAAGUUACAUAUAUGGGGUAGAUGUAAACACAAUCAUACUACAGAUGUAUCUUGAGCCUGUCUCUAAUUAUGAUGAAAGAUGUAGUCAUCAAUACAAUUUAAAAAAAGAUAUGUCCUUCUUUUUUUGAGACAGGGUCUUGCUCUGUCACCCAGGCUGGAGGGCAGUGGCACAAUCACAGCCACUGCGGCCUUGACCUCUCCAACUUAAGUGAUCCUUCCUGCCUCAGCCUCAUGAGUAGCUGGGACCACAGGUGUGCACCACCACACCCAGCUAAAUUUUGUAUUGUUUGUAAAGAUGAGGCCUCACUAUGCUGACCACGCUGGUCUCGAACUCCUGGGCUCAAGCGAUCCUCCUGCCUUGGCCUCCCAAAGUGUUAGGGUUAGAGAUAUGAGCCACCACACCCAGCUUAUAUGUCCUUUUAUUUCAUAAAAAACAAUUUUAGAUUAUCUGAUAUCAUACAUAUCCCAUAAAUGGUAGUCAUUAAUUUAGAAGUGAAUUUAUAAAGUAAGUCAAGAGAAGUUAAAAUUGCACAUGCAUUUUGUUUCUAAAAUCUGAGAUGUCUAUGCAUUUCCAGGUAUUGUAUACUUGCAAAUACAUUGGGUUAGAAAUCAUCUUUAACAUUUUGUGUUAAUGUAAUAACAAUAUUAUCUAAUAUUAAUGCUACCAGAAUCCAGCUGCUUUUUCUGUGUAUCAAAAUUUGUCAUACUUUUUCCACUUACACUAGGUGAUUAAACAGAAUCUGCCCAAUUUAUUCUGCAGUAAAAUUAUUUUAAAAUCUAUUUUUCCUGCUGACUCUUAGAAAUUGCAGAAAGACAAAAACCAAUUUCAUCUCCAGUAAUAGUGUGAAACAAUUUCUUUCCAGUGGGACAGAAACCUAGACAUACUGGGGAAAGAUUUAAAUAUAAAGAAAAAUGCUUUGGCUGAAAAAAAAAAACAACACCACCAAAACACAAAAAGGAUUCAUUAAAGCAACAGAACAAAACCUAAUUUGGGACCCUAAAAACUCUGGCAAUGCCACUGUAAUGAAGUUUCAUUAUCUGCUUCAGAGUAACAGUCUCUGAAAUUGUUAUUCUGCUACAUGCUGUAAAGGACUCCCAAAACUCAAAUGUAUCAGGAAAUGUAAAGGUUAAGUCUGACUACAAGAAGGCCAAAAUUGCACCAGCUUCCUAAGUGACGAAUAAUAGAAUAAAACAUAUAGAGGGCAGAAAUAAAGUGAGGUGUAUCUGGAAAAUUUCAUGGUGAGCAUUUAGAUUUAGCAAUGCCCAAUGUCAUGCUGACACUGUUUGUCAUGACCUUGUCUUCAGCUAGUAAUUUGGGGUUGUACUUUUUUAAAUUUAAUUUUGAAUGUUCUUGCAUGUUUGGUACAUCUCUCCGCACUGCUAAAGAUAAAUUGUUUAUCUGUAUAACAUAACUACACCAAUGUCAUUUAUUGUAUACGCUAGUACACAAAUGUGUUUUUUUAUUAAGUAAAUGAUUUGCUGUGAAAAAUGUAUUAUUUGUGCCACCAUUUAUAUCUGUGUUCAUUUUCUGUGUGUAUAUGCGUGUGUAUUUGAAUCUCAAUUUUUCUUUUACUCUAGUUUAGAUUAAGACAUAUUUAGAUGAAAUUUUAAAAAUAGCAUUAGAAAUAGGAGGCUAAGUUUUGUUGAGUCUCAUUCCCUUGGGGGGAAAUUGCUUUUGCCAUUUUCUUCAUGUACAAUAACCUAAAAAGGAUCUCCUACUGACUUCCUUCCUAAUUAUUAUUGUUUUACGUGAAAGAAAGGAAAUAUGUUUUCAAUUGAGUUGUUUGAAAUCAUUCCCUUUGUGUAGAUUUCCCAGACUGAUGUUUCAUUGUAAGAAUAUUACAUUAUAGACCGCUUGGCCAUUUCACAAGCAACUAAUCCAUAGUUUUGGAAGCCCGCUUUAAGAGACCUGAAUAUCUUUGUUUUUAAUAAAAUACUUAGAGUUUAACUAAA